CCCAGCGUCGCCUUUGAUGGCUGCGGGGAUUCAAUUCACACGCAGGAGAAGUACGUUGCUGCUUCUCGGAUGAUCAUGUGGGUAUCUGCGCCGCAAGCGGUGUCUAUCAGUCGUUGCAUAUAAAUUCCGUUCCUUGUCCGCGAAGUUGUAGACCUGCUCUAUCCUUGUGAACCGUAUAAUCUCCGCGUUCAGGCGUUAUGCUUGACAUACUGCGUUUCGUCUUGAUAUGUGGGAUCCUCUGGAUCCUGCGGCGUGUGCUCCUACGAGUCUUCAUUCACUCACCUCUAGAUAAGAUUCCCGGUCCGCCACCGGUCUCGUUUGCUAAAGGCAACCUUCCUCAGCUAUAUGACCGCAACGGCUGGGACUUCAUCAAGGGGCUAGGCGAGAAGUAUGGUGGAGUCGUCAAGAUCAACGGACUGUAUGGUGCCAAGAUGCUGUUUGUGUUCGACCCAGCAGCUCUGUCCAGUGUAGUUGUCAAGGACCAGUACGUCUAUGAGCGCAGUGAGGAUGCCACGAAGAGCACUCGUCUCAUGUUGGGUGACGGCCUACUCACCUCGCAAGGAGAAACCCACCGCAAACAGCGCAAGCUUAUGAAUCCCGUCUUCUCCAUCAAUCACAUGCGAGAUAUGAUGCCAAUCUUCUACCAAAUUUCACGCAACCUUCGAGACGCCAUUGCAUCGCGUAUAGACAACGGAGAGAAGGAGAUUGAUGUCCUCGACUGGAUGGCUCGCACCGCGCUUGAACUUGUCGGCCAAGCCGGUCUCGGAUAUUCGUUCGAUCCACUCGUCCAGGACAAGGCAGAUGCAUACGCGGAGGCCAUCAAAGCACUGGUGCCCACGGCAUUUGGGUUGAGGCUGUACAGACAUUUGCUUCCCAUCGCUUUGAAGAUAGGAACUCCAGCCAUUCGUCGCCGUAUCCUCAAACUCAUCCCGAGCACGCGCCUGCAACGCAUGAGAGAGAUCAGCGAUGCCAUCGAUGCCCAUUCCAAGCGGAUAUUCGAGGAGAAGAAGCAGGCUCUGGCCCGGGGUGAUGAGGCCGUCCUCAAGCAAGUGGGCGCAGGCAAAGAUAUACUCAGUAGACUGAUGCAAGCGAACAUGACCGCAUCAGAAGAGGACCGGCUCCCAGAGAAUGAACUAUUGGGUCAGAUGUCAACAUUCAUCUUUGCUGGCAUGGAUACCACCUCUGGUGCUCUUGCUCAUACGUUGCAGCUACUUGCAGAGCACCCAGAUGUACAGGACAAGAUGCGAGCAGAGAUAGUGCAGGCCCUUGGCGGCGGGCAGGAGAUCCCUUAUGAUAUACUGGUCGACCUGCCGUACCUCGACGCCGUUUGCCGUGAGACGCUUCGACUUUAUGCGCCGGUCACCACUGUCAACAGAACAGCUCAGGAGGACAUAGUGCUGCCGCUUUCGGAACCUAUCCGCGGCACAGACGGCAACCUCAUCCAAGAGAUCCCGGUGCCUAAAGGAACGGAGGUCAUCGUCGGCAUCCUGGCGUCUAACAGAAAUCCGGCGCUGUGGGGCCCCGAUGCGGCUGAAUGGAAGCCUGAGCGCUGGCUUGAGCCUCUUCCAGACACCAUCAAUACAGCACGUGUUCCAGGCGUGUAUUCGCACUUGAUGACUUUCCUGGGUGGUGGUCGGGCGUGCAUCGGAUUCAAGUUUUCUCAGUUGGAAAUGAAGGUGGUCUUGGCCGUGCUGCUUUCGUCCUUCAAGUUUUCGCUUUCCAGUAAGGAGAUUGUCUGGAAUGUCGCCGGGAUCCAAUAUCCGACAGUGGGCGCGAGUGGGAAACCCGAGAUGCCCAUGAAGAUUGAUCGAGUCAAGAACACAUAAUGUCUCGUCUAGGAUCUUAAUCGUUAUACAAUGCUGUAGCCGAGGUGAUUGCGAUGCAGAAUCGACGAUCUGUGCUUGCAGCG